GAGAGGGCAAGCCCCGCGCCGCACGUCGCCAGUCCCAGGCAGCCAGUCGCGCGCGCUCCCCGCCGGCCGGCUGGCGACAGCCCCGCUGCGCACACACAUGGAGGGGAGCGCGAGUCCCCCGGACAAGCCCCGCGCCCGUCCCUCGGCUGCUGUGCUGUGCCGGGGCCCGGUAGAGCCGCUGGUCUUCCUCGCCAACUUUGCCUUGGUCCUGCAGGGCCCGCUCACCACGCAGUAUCUGUGGCACCGCUUCAGUGCCGACCUCGGCUACAAUGGCACCCGCCAAAGGGGGGGCUGCAGCAACCGCAGCGCGGACCCUACCAUGCAGGAAGUGGAGACCCUUACUUCCCACUGGACCCUCUACAUGAACGUGGGCGGCUUCCUGGUGGGGCUCUUCUCGUCCACCCUGCUGGGAGCUUGGAGCGACGGUGUGGGCCGCCGCCCGCUGCUAGUGCUGGCCUCGCUGGGCCUGCUGCUCCAGGCCCUAGUGUCCGUCUUUGUGGUGCAGCUACAGCUCCAUGUCGGCUACUUCGUGUUGGGUCGCAUCCUUUGUGCCCUCCUGGGCGACUUCGGUGGCCUUCUGGCUGCUAGCUUUGCGUCCGUGGCAGAUGUCAGCUCCAGCCGCAGCCGCACCUUUCGGAUGGCCCUGCUGGAAGCCAGCAUCGGGGUGGCUGGGAUGCUGGCAAGCCUCCUCGGGGGCCACUGGCUCCGGGCCCAGGGUUAUGCCAACCCCUUCUGGCUGGCCUUAGCCUUGCUGAUAGCCAUGACACUCUACGCAGCUUUCUGCUUUGGUGAGACCUUAAAGGAGCCAAAGUCCACCCGGCUCUUCACGUUCCGUCACCACCGAUCCAUUGUCCAGCUCUAUGUGGCUCCAGCCCCAGAGAAGUCCAGGAAGCAUUUAGCCCUGUACUCACUGGCCAUCUUCGUGGUGAUCACUGUGCACUUUGGGGCCCAGGACAUCUUGACCCUGUAUGAACUGAGCACACCCCUCUGCUGGGACUCCAAACUAAUCGGCUAUGGUUCUGCAGCUCAGCAUCUCCCCUACCUCACCAGCCUGCUGGUCCUGAAGCUCCUGCAGCACUGCCUGGCCGAUGCCUGGGUGGCUGAGAUCGGCCUGGCCUUCAACAUACUGGGGAUGGUGGUCUUUGCCUUUGCCACCAUUACGCCUCUCAUGUUCACAGGAUAUGGGUUGCUCUUCCUGUCAUUAGUCAUCACACCUGUCAUCCGGGCUAAACUCUCCAAGCUGGUGAGAGAGACAGAGCAGGGUGCUCUCUUUUCUGCUGUGGCCUGUGUGAAUAACCUGGCCAUGCUGACGGCCUCCGGCAUCUUCAACUCACUCUACCCAGCCACUCUGAACUUUAUGAAGGGGUUCCCCUUCCUCCUGGGAGCUGGCCUCCUGCUCAUCCCGGCCGUUCUGAUUGGGAUGCUGGAAAAGGCUGUUCCUCACCCUGAGUUCCAGCAGUUUCCCCAGAGCCCCUGAUCUGCCUGGACCAGAAGACAGAGGGCAAGAGGAGCAAAGUGAACACCAAACAACUGAAGGUCUACAGCUGGAGCCCAGCCCACAGCAGCACCAGCAGCUCCUUUCUAAGGGCAGUGCUCUCUUUGGACGAGGUGGUCAAGACAGACCAAGGCACUACCCCAUCCAUAGCUGAGCCAGCCUCUGACUAGGAUCUAGAAUCAUAACCCACACAGGCCCACUGCAGGACAGGUGGCAGGGGAGCUAUUCGGGACAGGAGUCAGUUCUUCCUUUCUGCCAUCCAUCACUUAUAACUCCCCAGACCAGAGGAGAGGUCCUGAUGGAGGUGACACUUCAGGGACCAGAGGCAGCACAAGGGCUGGCAUCUCUCCUUCCAGCCCAAACUGCACAGUCCCAGGCAGGUUCCUGACACGUGUAGCAGUCACCAGCCACUUCUUAACAAUGAAUGUGGUGCCUGGUUAGUGCCAGCCUUGGGAAGGAGGGAGGGAGGUGAGAGGGGCUUGGUGAUCUCCGGAGGAGGAGCGCUGCCUUCACUGUGGUUGGGGAAUUGAUCCUUGGCUAUGGCCUACCCACUCCCUGGGCUGAAGAGUGCCAAUCAUUAUAAAUCAGCUUCAGCAAACUGAAACAAACCUUCUGGUGCCUUGGGCUUUGGGGCCCUCUGUUUUCCUGCUGCCAAUCUGCCUGCCAUAUGUCAGACAACAGAAGCUGCUGGGCUGGGCAGGAGCCCUGAGCUGCUUGGUGGACUGAUACCAAGUGGGGCCAGCCAGGGCUUGUACUGACUUGCUGUGCAACCUUAAACAAGCCCCACUAGGAAGGGCUAGAUCAGCGAUGCCCCGAAUUGUUGAAUCGGUAAUCACAUUUGGAUGGACAAGUUAGGAAACUUAGCUGAUGCUCUGAGAUCUUUCCCACCUCCUCAUACAUUCUACAAUAAGAUGCCUCUCUUCAUGGGCCUGGGGAAAGGAUGAAUGGGUGUGGCUGGACUUUUGACCUUUAAUGUCCCUGAGCAGUUCUUGGCCCUUGGGGAGAAGUGGGGGGAGGAUCUGGCUGACUCAGCCCCAACCGAGGGGUAGCAGCUGCAGCCCAGCCGAGCAGAACACCCUGGCCCUACAGGCCUGUGUCUGAGCAGGCUUUGGAGGAAAGGCCACUUCUGAGUCCUCUAUCUCAGGAGAAGCCAGGCCUAGGUGCUUGACCUGGUGAUCUGAGCUGUGUUUGUCCUGGUGCGGGUGGCAGUCACCUCUGAGCACACUGGCCUUGGCUUAGGGGAGGCUUGUGACUUCAGCUGUUCCGUCUGGGGCUGGAUGCUGGACUCUGAUUCCCCCAGAGAGACAGAAGAUCGGGCAGAGGUCAACCAGAAGGCCACACAGGGCUGUGGACAGCAGUGGAGGGUAUACCAAACAGAAAGAAAACGCAGGAAACCUCUCUGAAGACUGCCCAUGGGGACCUCAGGAGGGAGUGGGACUGACUGGAGACAAGAAGCCAGAAAUCAUCCCCUGGAGACACUCAGACACUGUAUUGUUGUUGACUCUGUCCUGUGAGGCCAGUGUCCAGGCUGCCCUGCUUGUCAUGUCCAUGCCCUCACCCUGGCCCCAGUGAGCACUUGCGCUGCAUGAGGAAAGGAAGAUCAGGUGGGGUCAAAAGCAAAGCAUCGAGGCUGGGACUGGCCAAGACAGACUCUGGCAGGGAGGGGAGUGGAAGGAAGGAGCCCCAAACCUGGAGUGAGAACUUUGACUUUCUGACGAUGUGGCCGAGAGCUAGGAGUCGCCUGGCCAGCACAGCCAAGAGUGGGGCUGGGGGUGCAGCCAGCCUUAAGGUGUCAACACCCGGCCCUCAUUGGGGAAGAGCCUUCAGCAGUCCCCGUGGCCUGCAGCCUGGGUUUAUUGGAGGGUACUUUCUUGCCCUCUGAACCCAGUGGAGGAGGGGGCAAUGGGACAUUCCUGCUCAGUUAUUUCAGUAUGGCCCCUGGGUCAGCUUUUUUUUUUGCAAAAUCCUAUCCCCCACUGCUAGAGUCUUUGAAGCAAGGGAGAAGCAAUAGCCCAGCCUCAGAAUGAUUCUCAGGAGAGCAAUUCCACUGCCAGUGGACUGGGUGCCAGGAGGUCUAGGUCUGGAUCUGGGGCUGCCACUAAUGACAGGAAACUGGGCUUAUCUUCAACCUUUCUGAGCCUCAGUGUCAUUAUCUGUAAAAUGGGGAUGAUAAUACCAGGUAGAGUUGCUCUGACGACUGGAGACCAAGGAGCGGAGUGUGUGGGAAAUGGCAAAGAUUCGUGAGGGCUUCAUGCUUUAGAGAUUUGCUACCCUUAACCACCAGCAUCAGCUCACCUGGGAAUCUGUAAGAAACGCAGAGUCUCAGGCCCUACCCCAGAUCUCCUGAUUUUAAAUCACCUGGGAAUCUGUAAGAAAUGCAGAGUCUCAGGCCCCACCCCAGAUCUCCUGAUUUUAACAACAUUCCCAGGUGACUUGGAUGCAUGUUAAAGUUGGAGAAGCUGCCAUAGGUGACAACCUUUUGCCUUUUCAGGACUUUGCCUCUUUCCACAGAGCUGCAGGUUCUGUCCAGGCUGCUUUUACUGCCAUGGGGGCUGCCUGGUCCCUGAGCAAGCGGUGGGUAGCCCUGGAUAGCUGAGGGGCUGGGGUAGCCAGCUGGGCCAGACCAGGAAGGAGCCUGAGGCACAGCACCAAGGCAUGGGGUAGGGUGGGCUUUGAGGCACGGCUUCCCCAUGCCCAGACUCAGGCCCAAACAGGAGGCUCCUGUGCACCAGCAAGUGCAGCAAAGCUGGCUGCAGCGACAAGGAAGUCAGAGGGAGGGCCAAUUUACCUCAACCCUCGCCCUGGAUGUGGCAAAAGAUACCACACUGAAGGAAGCUGUAGGGGAUCUGGGACCUAGUCAGGCUGGCUAAGGGCACUGAGUGAUUACAGGGCAAGGCCACAGAGCGGCAGGAAGUUGUAAGUGCAGGGGCCAGGCACAGUCUGAGUGAAGAGCCAUGAUGGCACUCAUCCCUGGCUGGCUCUUGGGCCCAGGCCCUUGCUCAGAAUACAGUGCCCAGGCCUGCCUGGGCAUUGCCUUAAUUCCUGUCUGAGGCUGCCUUCCUUCAUCCUCAAACUGGCUGCUAUCAGAGCAGAAGGGAAUGCAGAACCACCCCCACCCCAACUCCAGUGUCUCCAGAACUGAGCAGGGACCCUCCCCAUGACAGAGACAGACAACCCAAUGGCAGGGCAUGGGGGAGUUCUAACCUCCCGAGCCCAAGUCUGACUUCCCUUCCCUCUCCAGAUACUGAGGAAAGUGGGCUGGAGGUGGGCCAUGAGGGUGGGGGACAGGGAGAGGGAGAGCCAUUUGCUAAGAAGAGCCCAGGUUGUCUCAGCCCAGGGAGGCCAGUUUGAGGAGCUGUUCCUUCAGAAAGGACGAUGGAAGUGGAAGUCACAGCAGGGCUGGGAACUGGCGACUGGUUAGGUCGGACCCAUGGGUGCAGCACCCUCCAAACUGGUGUCAGAGCCUGCAGAUGAGUCCCGGGAGGAGCGGCCCUGUAGGAAGCGGAUGAUCUUCUCAAUGGUGGCCUCCUGGUAUUCGUGGGACCACCUGUGGGCACAGGAGCCAUGUGGGUCAGACAGCUGGGCAGAGGGAGCUGCUAGUCAGCUGUUUGCCCACACUCUGCCUGUCAUGGUGAUCUGUACCCUACCCCCCUGGUCCCAGGGCCCCGGGGCUCACUUAAUGCCGUUGAAAGUAAGCACAGCCUGCAUGUCCUCAGGCAGGACCUGGGGCUCAGGCCACUCGAAGCCAUCAAUGACGGGCACAAUGUUCUUGCCACAGCUUAAAGCAGUCACAAUCUCCUGGAGAAAGAAAGGAAAGGAGGAAGAUACUCCUGUAUCCAUUUAGGGACCCUUGUAGCCGGGCAGGUGCUGGGAGGGCCACUAGCCCGAGGCUGGGUCCAGGGCAGGACACCAGUCCUGAAGUCCACCUUGAUGUCUCCCUUAACCCUUGUAGUAUAAUAAAAAAUAAAUAUUUUGUCUCUGCCCAGGGUUCCUGGCACAGAGCCCCUAAAACCCUUGGAA